ACGUUUUUUUUUUACUUAAUUUUUCCCCACACGUUAAAAGUGCCCCACUGGUGUAUGUUCUUACUUCGUGUGGGAUGAGUCUCCUCACCCCUUUAUCAAGCAUCCAGAAUAUGCCUAUGCCUCCAUUAUGCCUCUUAGUGGACAACGAUUGAAUUCGAUCAACAAAUUCAGAGCGAGUCAGAAAGACAAGGAGACAUCAUUAACUAAGACCAAAGUACGCGUGGCCUUUAGCGUUAUUUCAAAGGACCUCAUUGGUAUUAAGGCAGAACAAAAUUUGACUUUGGAUCCCGUCAUUGCAAAUAUAGAGCACAUCGAAUGGAGUGCCAAGUAUGGACAAUGGACCAUACCGGCCUCAGUGCCGAUGUAUAAUCUCGCCCUUUCCUCUUUGCCAACAGACACACCGAAUCUACUGAUCGACAUCGAUCCCAUUCCGACAGCCCUUUUGGAUAGUAUUAUUCAGCGAACGCUAUCAGCGCAGAACGCAGGACAGCGUGAUUUGAGUGAUUUGAGCUACAUGGAAAGUAAGUGGACGGAAUUUGUUGGUUCAGAGACUUGGACAAAGAUGGGAUCAUCCAUCCAGAGAAAUGCGGUUCGUGUAGGCAUCGAGAGAAAUUGUCGUAUUUUAUUCGGGAACGAGAAUGGAAUUGGAUCUGUCCAGCAAGCAUUGGCGUUGACGAAAGUGUACGAGGAAGAAUGGCCUGUGAUGGUAGCCUGUCCUGGCAUUUUGUGUCAGACGUGGAAACGAGAAGUGAUGAGUUUUUUGGAUCUGGAUGAAGAAGAAGUGUGUAUUAUGGACCCUAAAUUACCAAAAAGCGAGGCCUUCAAACAAACUACUACGAUGAAAAGGAAACGAAAGGAACCAAGCGUUCGUAUGUCAUACGCGAAGAAAAUGCAGCAGCGACUAGAGGGUGCAUACGAGAGUGACAGCGAAGAAGAGGAGGAGGAGGAUGAAUAUACGACCACUAACAACGUGAAAUUCUACAUUGCCAGUCAUGAACAUACUGCUAAGCGAAGGAAUGAGAUUCGAGCACAAAAGUUUAAUAUCAUGUUAUGUGCGGAUAGCCAUUACUUGAAAUCAUGGACGAAAGGUGAAUCCAAGUUUAUCUGCACAUUACUACAAAGUCAUUCGAAGUCAAUCCUGAUAUCUGAUUCAGCCCAAAGCUGUUUACCAGUCAAUAUGUACACACAACUCCAAGCAGUAGCACCUGUGAUGUUUCCAAAAUUCGAAGAAUUUGCCAAGCGAUAUUGUGAUCCGAAGAGUUCGGUAUUUGGACCCACACACAAUGGAAGAUGCAACCAAUAUGAAUUUACAUAUCUGCUGGACACAAAUAUUUGGUACUGUCCUAGGCUAGAUGAACUGAAACCUGAGUUUCCCGAUUAUGUGCGACAAAACGUUUGUUUCAGUAUCAAGAAAAAUGCACAAUUAAGUAAGCAAGUGGAAUCAUUGGAUAUUGGUUCGGGUUUGGAUCUUGAAGAAAAAAUCGAUUUGAUUGAGGAACUGCACAAGAAGACGGGUGAAGCGAAAAAGGAUGGAAUCAACGAAUACAUUGCUUACGUGCUUGAGACUUACAAAAGGCCGAAAGUAGCAUUCAUCUAUCGUAACGAGCAAGUUCUCAGGAACUUGGAGGAGUGCUUGAAAUCGAAACGAAGUAAAUUCGUGAAUUUAAAUAACUAUGAUUCGGCAACGGAAACCUGUGAUAAUUACAACAAAAGCCAUGCUGUGCAAAUGAUACUGAUAGAUAUGAACUUGGAGGGUCUCGACGUAUCUUUACAUUGUGUGGAUAUAGUUGUUUUUGUUGAAUUACCGCUAGAAAUGGCAAAGCUUUAUGAAGUCGAGUCAUUUUUUAAGAAUAACGCCCGGAAGGGUCCACUAAGUAUCAAGUAUUUAAUGGCCCUGAAGACAAUUGAUGAUUACCUUUGGCCAUUGAUCCAACAGUAAAGGGACCAACAAAUACAAUAGUAAACCACACUGUAACAAAAAAAAAGUUUUGAGUGUGCAAUUACUUCGCAAACAAAACUAAAUCCCUUAAUUAUUGUUGUAUAAACAAGUAAAAAUAAGCUAAUUACACAAUAUAAACCUUUGACAC